CAUAUAUGAUAAGUGAAAUUAGAAUAAAUUCUGAAAUAAUUAUGACGAACCGGAAAUGAGCUAGAAGGCAGGCGGAGGAUUACAUGUUCCCAGAGGAAUUCGUGAAGGCUGUGUGCAGAGGAGAACGCAAGACGAGACGAAAAUCGAAGACUUGCGGGACAGUCGUAUUUGUAUUUUACUUCACGAACAAGGAUGUCAUUACAUAGUUUAGACCCCCACUGAUCUCACUGUGUCUACAAAGGUACUCAGCUGUGGCACAUAUCACCAAACUUUACCACUCGGGCCAGUACCUGGUAGCCAUAUUGAACCAUAUAAACUCUGAACAUGACUAUGGAUAAAUACGAAAAAAUUGGAAAAAUAGGAGAAGGUUCCUAUGGAGUGGUGUUCAAAUGUAGGAACAAAGAAACAGGACAACUAGUUGCCAUCAAGAAAUUUGUAGAAUCUGAAGACGAUCCUUUGAUUAAAAAGAUAGCAAUGAGAGAGAUCAGAAUGUUAAAGCAAUUAAAACACCCAAACUUAGUCAACCUUUCAGAAGUAUUCAAAAGGAAGAAGAGGUUGCAUUUGGUGUUUGAAUAUGUGGAUCACACGGUGCUAAAUGAAUUAGACAGGAAUCCCAAAGGGGUGCCUGAACCACUGACGAAGAAAAUUAUACAUCAGACCCUCCUUGCUGUCAACUUUUGCCAUGCACAUAAUUGUAUACACAGAGAUGUGAAGCCAGAAAACAUUCUAAUCACCAAGCAAGGGGUUGUAAAGCUGUGUGACUUUGGGUUUGCUAGGCUACUCACAGGACCUGGAGAUGAGUACACAGACUAUGUAGCCACACGCUGGUACAGGGCUCCAGAACUGUUGGUGGGGGACACUGCAUAUGGACCUCCAGUGGACGUUUGGGCAAUUGGUUGUGUGUUUGCUGAGUUGAUCACUGGGCAAGCACUCUGGCCAGGGCGUUCUGAUGUGGAUCAGUUAUAUCUUAUCAGGAAAACAUUAGGUGACCUUCUUCCAAGACAUGUGGACAUAUUUUCAAACAAUCAGUUUUUUAAAGGGUUAACUAUUCCAGUGCCAGACAGAUUGGAGCCUCUCGAGGAAAAAUUUCCAAAUAUAAGCUCUAAGGCAAUGGAUUUCAUGCAACAAUGCUUUGCAAUGGAUCCAUCUCAACGUUCAACUUGUGAAGAAUUGCUAAGUCAUGCCUAUUUGGACGAUUAUCUUGGUGAUAGGAACACGAAUGAAGAGAACCACAAGCGACGCAAGCAGCAGGAAAGGAAGGACCAGAAGUCAAGGGCAGGGGUAGGGCUUUACAAAGUACCAGUCUUCAUGACUUACGAUGCUGGGAAUAGUAACUCAUUACCCCAGUUGACAGGUAACCACCCUGCACCUUCUACCUCACCUGUCCUCAAUACCAAGCAUGCACACCGUGAGCAAGGGGAGAAGAAGAACAAGUAUGGGGGAACGCACCUGCCAACCAUAUGACUGUUUGGCCAAGGGAUUUUUCGUCAUGACGGGAGCUUCUACAACAUCUAGAGACGAGGGAAUCCUGGGGGCCAUGUUUUCAUUGAACUGGGCGCAAUUGAGACCUGCGUGUUGUGUGGUGUGGACUAAUAAUUACUAAUUCUCUUGCCUGCUGCAUAGAUCACUUGUGCUGUGGCAAUCUGUGUUUGGGCACUGACCCUUGGUGGUCUGGAAUCACAAUUACAAUCUUUUUUUUUUCUUUUUAAAUCUAGAAUUCUGUAAUCAAGUUCUUUGAUUGGUUUUUGAGGAAUGGUGUAGAUAUAGUAAUUAUUAGUGUACAAUUUGUCAUAUCAGUUCAGUUGUUCUUGUGUGUUGAAUAUGUUAACGAAGCUUCAUAUCAUUUGUAACAGAACUUCGGAUUAAUUGAAUAUUUUGACUUAGAUAGUUUUUUAUGUUAUAAUUUUAUCUUUUUUUCACAAAAGUGUUUAUUCUCUUUUUGCAUGUAUGUGCCCAUCUUUUGUCAGAUUGCAUUCUAUUGGUGCCAUUGAUAAUUCUAACAGCCUUAUCUUUUAGAUAGUAAUGGUUGAUGUUGUUGACUUAAAAAUUUAACACAGAUUACUAACUUUCGGUCUAUUGCCCCAUGUGACCAUAAACAUGGCCAACACAAGCGUUGGUUGUUUUAAAAAGAAGGUCACAUAGAGACCUGUAUGUGUAGAAGAUGUUUGUAGAGACCUAGUCAGGACAGCCCCAGCAAACUGUUCUUUGAAGGAUAUCCCAGAGUAUAGUGAGGCACUAGAAAAGUUUUAAAAAUGCAUCCUCACUGUGCCCCGUUUCAUACUUUAUAAGACUUGAACUAAGGAAAGCCUUUGGCAGUUAUUCCCUGCCAAUGUUUUAAAGUAUGAAUUGAAUUUUACUUCAUGAAUUCCAUGAUAUAUACCAGUCAGUUCUGAGGACCAAAGUAUCUGAUUUAUAAAGUGCAAUACCACAGUAGCCAUCUGAAUUGUUAGUGAUCAUUGUUGCAUCUUUGUUAGGACUGCAUGUAUAUUUUUAGCACUUCAAUAUUGCUAUACUUUGCAUAUAUGUGUAAAUGAAAAAGUGAUUUAAGCACAGUUAACAGGUAAAAUCAGCUGAAUUUUCAUCUGUUUAGAAUUGAAAAAAAAAUUAAUUAAACAGAUAACUAGUGAAUAGUUUGAUUACUGCAGAAAGCAAGUCAUUAAUAGCCAAAUAUUUAAGUAAAAUCACUUAAGUCAUUUAUUAUGUUAAUAAUUUCUAGUUAUUGAAGGAUAGUCCUAUCUGAUGACCGCCAGUAUAACAAAUCUUAAGGAAUUCCUUGCAAGAUAAUCAAACAUCUUUAAUUGCAUAUUAAAGGUUAUUAAAAGUUUUUCUUUUUCAUCUGGUUAAAAAUCCCUGAACAUAGUAUUUUAACUGUUCCGUCCUUUUAUUAAUGUUUGCCGAUCAAUUUCUUACUGUAUUUUUUCUUAAACCACUGUUAACCAGUUUCCUGUUGCAGUGUUCUGUUUAUGUAUUAGAAGCUGCAUCACAGGUGUAUUGAUUUAUGUAUUAAUGGAAACUUAAUAUAUAGAAAGAUAAUAAAGAUGUUCUUGUAGA